AAUUUUUUGUAAAGUCAUGCCAUGUUACACCAGGAUCUUUGCGUAUGGGAUUAUGUUCUUUGCGCGAGCACCCAACCAAAGGCUCCCCCCACUCAGGGUUUUCUUGGGAAAAUGCAGGGGCCCAUAUCCGAGAUGUCAACAAUCCAAAAUCCGUUUCUCGUGUCUUUAUCAUGGGCUUCAAGGACUUAUGAGCUUACCUGUUGAUUAAAGUCAAGAUGUCAAGCUAUUUUUCUCGGAUGACUUCAUAUCAUCCAUAUCAUCCCGUCGAUAUUCACCUCUCUGGAAAGUAUGUGGAGAACAGUCUCAGUCCAUCUACACUCAUUAUUACUUUUGCGUCAACAUGGGCUCUGUUACUCGGCGCAACACUCUUUGCAGUGAGAAGGUUCUAUCCUAGGCUCAGUAUAAAGGAUCAAGGACUUGUCCUUUGGUUCAUUUUGAGUAAGCUCUACAUGCGGUUCUUUUCCAGCCCAGCAAUGAAGUCUGACAAUUGAAUAGCGGGGUCAAUUCACAUAUUUUUCGAAGGAUACUUUGUCUACAACCAUGCUCGAAUGGCAAGCAUGACGGAUUUUUUUGGUCAGCUCUGGAAGGAAUAUGCUUUGUCCGAUUCGAGAUAUAUGUCCUCCAAUUCAUUUCUGCUGACCAUAGAGACGUGGACUGUCGUGCGUACAUCCUUUUCUUUAUUUCUGCAUGUAUAGUAUGCUAAUAAUAUUGAUAGAUACUUUGGGGGCCGCUUUCUUACCUGACAGCUAUAUUCAUCACCACAAAUUCACAAUUCCGACACGCGGUACAAGCACUUGUUUCAACAGGUGAACUUUAUGGAAACCUGUUGUACCUCGUCACCAGUUUACUUGAUGAGUACGUCACUGGCAAGCGGUAUUAUCGACCGGAACCGUUAUACUUUUGGGUGUAUUUUGUAUUGAUGAACUCGAUAUGGUUGUUCGUUCCUGGCUGUAAGGAUCAAUUUCAGCGUCUAAUCCUCCCUCAUUCGCUAACCUUGGAUGCCAGUUGCUCUCUUCGACAGUAUCAUAGCCUCAGCAAAAUCCUUCGAGUAUUCAGAUCCCCCAAUUGAAAAACGCACGAAAAAAAACAAAGAUGAUGGAAGCAGAAAAGAAAAGGACCAUCGCAAAGUUCCAGCCCCCCCAGAAUCUGACACCAGGUCAAGGAGGGGAAAGGCUAAAUCAUAUAAUGACGACUAUUCGGGUUAAAUCCCGUGAACAAUGGUGUUUACGAUCGCGGUCUCAAGAUCAUGACCUCAAAAGGUUCCCGUAGUCAAGAAAAUAUACCUCUCCAGGAGUUGGACGAAAGUCGUCAUGCGGUUGGAAAACACUUGGGUUAGAUCCAGCAAACGCCAUUACGAACUUAUGAUACCUUUCACGAUUAAUGAAUCUGUGUCUUGAAGCGACCGAUGUGAUGGCGCCACAUGUAAUCGUGUACUUCCUCUAGGGAUUUUGUUGAGGAAGCGCAGUAUUACAUCUCUUGAUAUUAUUCUACUUCAGGAUUGAUGACUGUGGAAGCGUAUAUAUAUUGAGAAGUCAACAAUGUUUCAAAUGGAAGCAUUAUUGUAUCUUGCAUUGAAGAAAUGUUCUAGAAAAUAAGUGGUUAGCGCCUUGAGCACACAGAUGUCUUAAAUGCAGAACAAAGUGAUGGUACGGUAAUCCCUGGUAUGUGAAUCCACCGACA